GGUCAUUAAGAUUCUCAAAGAGAUAGAGAAAAUUACAAGUAAGCCCACACGUUUCUACAGAGACAAAAGAGAAAAGCAAAAAGUAAACGAAACGAAGAAGAAGCAAGGAAGCAAGGAAGCAAGUGGUGUAGAAGAAGAAGACCAGACGCGGCAGGAGAUUUUUUUCAAAUUUUCAUUUUCUUGAUCGGUCUCCGGCGAAGACGGUGUCGGAAAGUUAAUAUUGACGGCGGAUAUCGCCGGACAUUUGAAGUUAUCGUCUAGUUCAAGUUAUUGGUUGGUGAAAUCGUUUGAUUAGGUUUUAAUCUGAGGAGAGGAAGAGGUUUUUAGAUUGUUAGGAACAUAGAUGAAAGCUUUGAGACGGAUUCAAACGACGUCUUCGUCUUCUAAUCCUUCAUCGCCAUUAUCGUCUCCUCCUUCUUCUUCAUCAUCAUCCUCGUGGAUCCAAAUACGUUCUGCUCUCUUCGUUGUUGCUUCUUCAUCUCCUGCUUCUUGUUCUGAUCGGCCUCGUCUUAAAUCACCAUGGUCUCGGAGGAAAAGGAAAAGGCCACUUAGACCUCAGCAAUGGAAGAGGUUUUUUACUCCUGACGGUAGAUUGCGGAAUGGAGGAGUGGAUUUGUUGAAGAAAGUUCGAAGUAGAGGUAUUGAGCCAAGCAUUCGGCUAGAGGUGUGGCCAUUCCUUCUUGGAUUGUAUGGUUUUAAUAGUUCUAAAGAAGAGAGAGUUACUAUAAGAAACCGGAGGAGAAAGGAGUAUGAGAGACUACGUAGGCAGUGCAAACGGCUUCAAAAACACAAUAACGGGACUCGUAAGUUAUACAACGGCAGUGAAACUAUCCAAGAUGAGUAUGAUUGGCCUCGAGUUCAAGACACUGACAGUUCAUGUUCUGAUGAAGUUGUUAGUGCCCGUGAGUCUCUCUCUAGUGACGAAGACAUUACUGAAGAUAUUGGGUAUAUGAGUGAGGUUUCAUGUACAGUUGAGAGAGACGACGGUAGUAGUUCAAGACGAAUCACCAAUGCUACUAUCUCUACACUUAAUUCCGAGUCAUCAGAUUCAGAUUCUUCAGAUGAGAGUGAAGUGGUACAGGUCUUUCAAUCUUCUGCUACUCCGGAUGUGAAUAGUACUUAUCCAGCCAGUUCAUCUAUUCCCCGGACAGAAGAGGAUUUUGUGACGUGGCAGCGUAUUAUCCGUCUAGACGCCGUGCGUGCUGACUCAGAGUGGACCUCCUAUUCUCCAUCCCAGGCAGUUAUAUCGGAGGAUAGAGCAUGUCGUGCCGCUGAGGCGGUUGGGUUGAAAGAUUACAAUCACCUGGAACCGUACAAAAUCUUUCAAGCUGCACGGCUAGUUGCUGUUCUUGAAGCUUAUGCUUUGUAUGACCCUGACAUUGGAUAUUGCCAAGGAAUGAGUGAUCUUCUCUCUCCUAUACUCUCUGUAAUCCCUGAUGACCAUGAAGUCUUUUGGUGUUUCGUCGGGUUCAUGAAGAAAGCUCGUCACAAUUUCAGACUUGACGAGGUUGGAAUCAGAAGACAACUCAACAUAGUCUCAAAGAUAAUCAAAUCUAAAGACUCUCAGCUUUAUAGGCACCUUGAGAAACUCCAAGCUGAAGACUGUUUCUUUGUAUACAGAAUGGUUGUUGUGAUGUUCAGACGAGAGCUGACACUUGAUCAGACAUUGUGUCUAUGGGAAGUAAUGUGGGCAGAUCAAGCCGCAAUCAGAGCCGGGAUGGGAAAAUCCGCGUGGAGUAGGAUAAGGCAACGUGCACCUCCCACUGAUGAUUUGGUGCUCUAUGCAAUAGCGGCCUCGGUGUUGCAAAGAAGGAAACGUAUUAUAGAAAGGUAUAACAGCAUGGAUGAGAUUUUAAGGGAGUGCCAAAGUAUGGCAGGGCAGUUAGAUGUGUGGAAGCUCCUUGAUGAUGCACAUGACCUCGUUGUUACUCUACACACCAAGAUUGAACAUUCAUUCUCAUAAAUAUUUAUCUCUAUAUUAUUCCGCGGGAUUUGUGGAUCCUGCGACUAGUUUAAAAUGGUGGAUUCUUGGGGAAGUCCCCAGUUUCGUGCAGGCUCGAAUUGGGCCGUGAGCUCUAUCUGAAUCCUUGCCGAUAUGGAAUGAGGCUAGAGAGAUUGGAAAGAGUGGUGAACAGAGAGGUGUGUGUAAUUUAAUUAAAAUAAAGUGUAUGUGUGUGUGUUGUGAAGAAUGUGAAAAGGUUGAGGAGGGUUUUCUAAAUUAUACAGGGAAGAUUCUUUACUUGAGAAAUCAGGAUAUACACUGGAAAAAAUAUGCAUAUGGAAACAAAGCUCUGCAAAGUUUUUUUACUUUCCGGGAGUCACUUGGAAUAUUAAACCGGAGUGGAGAAUCUAAACCCGGUCAAACUACUGUAUGUAUACAAUAUGGUUAGAGAGAAAGAAAAAAAAAGACAUGUUGAGUUGACCGUAUGAACGCUUCUGGUAUAGUAUUACUUGUUGUUAAAAAAAGCAAUGUUACAACUUAUAAAAUCAUUAACGUAUUAAGCCAAGUCCAAGGAUUGUUUAGGCCCAACCGGUCUGAUUACAAAACAGGUAUGUAGAUUAAUGGAUUAUGUAUGUAUAGGCAUAAUCUAGGGUUCAAAUUCGACGAUUUUUGUUUUGUUUUCUAACUUUGAAAA